AUGGCUGCCACUUAUUCCAUUUGUUUCCAUGCGUUUUGGAUGGUGCGCUUGGUGGAAAGCACCUUUCCACGCGAAAAAUCUGGGUGGAACCUUGUGAAGGUGCACCUGCUGCUUCACCUUACAGAGGCGAUUCAAGGCGGGGGGCUGCCACGAGAGUACUCCGCGGCAGUGUACGAGAACGCACACAUCCGCACCUGCAAGAGGCCAUACCAACGGUCCAACCAUUGGGACGUGGGGCGUGUGAUUGCGCAGCACAACACCAACGCUACUCUACUAACCCGCCUCCCAACCAACCUCGAGGGCGAUCGCAAGUACAACACCGCGAUGCGCCGGGCGAUCGCCGGUGGGCUGCCCCAGCUGUGCCGCCAGCGAUCCAGGAUGCACAGUGCGAUCAAGGACAGGGAGCAGUCUCCCCUAGACCUGUAUGCGACGUAUGAUGCCGCGAUCCCCGGAGGCAUCGGGCCCUACUCGUACCUGAUGCGCCUCUAUGGCUACGUCUCUUUUCCGGCGUGGGUCCACACGGCGCUGGCUCUACCAGCUCGUGAGACGGACUACGGCCUGAUCAGGCCGCACUAUGUCCACACCAGCGUCUCGCACCAUGGCGCUCCCGCCUUCUCCUUCAUCGAGUACGAGAACGGGAGCGGGGAGACCGUGCACGGGCGUGUGCACCUUCUCUUAACGCUGAUGCUGAACAUCGAGGACGCGCACCCGGCGGGGGAGGCAUUCGCCUUUGUGAGGCAUUGGUACCCGUCCCAGGUGGACGAGUGCACGGGCUGCACGAGGAUGCAGCCCUCUGACGACGAGCUGAGCUACGACAUUGUGCCGGUCAUAGUUGUGUAG